UCACUAGUAAACCGAAAUUGUCUUUUUUUGUUUUUCACUUUCUUUUAGAAAAUUCAUGGUAUUGAAAGUACAAUGAUAUUCCUCUUGCAUUUACUAUUUGGCACACACAUAUAUACAAAAUCCAGUAUCCCACUCUUGUGAGCCAUCAAAAGAAGAAAGAGAGAGAAAAAAUGAAUAUGAAAACAUCAAAGAUGAAGUUCACAAAAGAGAUGAUAGAGUCUAUCAAAGACAAGCUCCCAAGACUCAGCUUCCUCCUCCUCUUCCUCCGACAAUGCUACGGUGGCUGCGGCGACCGGACCCACUUACUCCCUUGCUCCAUCGCCACCACUUCCACCCGCUUUUGGAACCUCUCCGACCGUCCCGUGGAGCUCCAAAUUCGGGUCGGUUCAAUCCUAAAACGGGUCCACACUCUCAAACCUGGCCGUUCCAAGAGGCUUAGACACAGAAGCAUCCACAGAGCUUACGUGGAUGAUCAGGAAGGACGUAGAUGGCUGUACUACGACGACACGUGCCUACCGUACGUAUGGGUGCACGAGACCGGUACAGACUUGUCGAAGAUGGUGAAGCAACAGUACGUGAGUCUCGAGGAUCUGAGGGAUUACUCGGAGAUUAGGGUUUUUAAGGAUUUACAGAGAGGUUGUGUCUCAGUUGAGAAAAGAGACAGAGCUUCUGCUUUGUGUUGAUUAAUUCUCCUUCUUUCUCAUGCUUCGAAUCUCUUAAUUUUCUCAUUAUGAACUUUAUCGUUAUUGGUUAAAAAUUAUGUGAUACAUGAUGCAUGCAUAACUCCAUCUUCGAUAUUUGACUCUU